UCCUGUUACUUGUUGUAAACGAUCAGAGAGCGACAUUUCCAGACAGCCUUCAUUUGUACAGAGGCACCUGAACGCAGCAUUUUGAGCAAUGAAUUGAGGGCUGAGAAGGACGAUGAAAACAAAAAUGGACAUCGAUCGAAAAUAGCCUGGCUGUCUAUGUCAGAAUCCUGACUGGCACUUCUCGAAGAACCUGAGUGGAGAAAAGGCUGGAGAACAAUGGAGGCUCGCUUUGGAAAUAUUGUGUUCAGCUCCAAGUUUGACUCAGGGAACCUGGCACGUGUGGAAAAGGUGGAAAAGGGCGGUUCUAGCCCUUCUAGUGAUACAGCUCCCAGUGGAAGUGGCCCCUCAGGGUCAAACCUGAGCCCUGACUAUGAGUUCAAUGUGUGGACGCAGCCAGACUGCGGUGGCACAGAACACGAGAAUGGAAACAGAUCAUGGUUUUACUUCAGUGUGCGGGGUGCAACGCCUGGGAAGAUACUGAAAAUCAAUGUGAUGAACAUGAACAACCAGAGGAAGCUUUACAGCCAGGGAAUGGCUCCUCUUGUACGGACUUUACCUGGCAAGAACCGGUGGGAAAGGGUCCGGGACAGACCCGCGUCUGAGAUUGUAGACAACCAGUUCAUCCUCUCAUUCACUCACCGGCUGUCAGAGGUGCGUGGGGCGACCACCUACUUCUCCUUCUGCUACCCGUUCUCUUACAGUGAGUGCCAGGAGAUGCUGCAGCAGUUCGACAAGAGCUACCCUAAUGCUGCUCAACUCAGUCCAAGCAGUGCACCUGGCAGUGUGUAUUAUCAUAGGGAGCUGCUGUGCAACUCUCUAGAUGGCAACAGAGUAGACCUGCUCACUGUGACCAACUGCAGUGGGAUGCAAGAGGAGAAAGAACCACGUCUGCCUAAACUGUUUCCCGACACCAACACUCCAAGAGCACACCGCUUCCCUGGCAAAAGGGUGUUUUUUCUCAGCAGUCGGGUGCACCCUGGGGAGACUCCCUCAUCCUUUGUGUUUAACGGUUUCCUGAACUUCAUCCUGAGAAAAGAUGACCCUCGUGCUCAUGUGCUUCGAAACAUGUUUGUGUUCAAGCUCAUUCCUAUGCUCAACCCAGACGGGGUUAUUCGUGGGCACUACAGGACUGAUUCCAGGGGUGUGAACCUGAACAGACAAUACCUGAACCCCAGUCCUGAGCUGCACCCUUCCAUCUAUGCAGCCAAAACACUGUUACUCUACCACCACACACACAACCGCCGGCACAACAACGCACAGUCCAGCACUCAUUGUAACAGCUCCCCACACACACAAACCACUCCCCUUAACAUCAAACCUGCCGAUCAGCAUCAGCCUCCUCCCUUCACCGCCCUUGAAGUCAGCUUGAACCAACGAAAUGCAGAGAAGGACAAUAAUCCUGCACUACCAGAAGUUCCCAUGGUGACGGAGGAAAACGCCUGGGUCACCACAGAGGUGGGAAAGGGGGACCACAACAGCUCAUCAAUCUCCUCAGAGACUGUAGCUCCUGUUACUGUAGAGGUAACAGAACCACAGGUGGAGGAACAAGAGUCAAUUCCACCGCAGGAGGGAGGUGUGGCAUAUUAUGUGGACUUACAUGGCCAUGCCUCUAAACGGGGAUGCUUCAUGUACGGAAAUAACCUUCCUGAAGAGAGCCAGCAGGUAGAGAACAUGCUGUAUCCGAGGCUGAUCGCUGUGAACUCUGCCCACUUUGAUUUCCUGGGCUGCAACUUCUCUGAAAAAAACAUGUAUGCACGAGACAAGAGAGACGGCCAGUCUAAAGAAGGCAGCGGGCGGGUGGCCAUUCACAAGGCCAUAGGGCUGCUUCACAGCUACACUUUGGAGUGCAACUACAACACGGGAAAAUCCAUGAACACCAUCCCACCUGCUUGCCAUGACAACGGACGGGCAACCCCACCCCCUCCUCCAUCAUUCCCUCCAAAAUACACUCCAGAAAUAUUUGAACAGGUGGGACGUGCUGUGGCUAUCUCAGCCCUGGAUAUGGCAGAGUGUAACCCCUGGCCACGGCUGGUGUUGUCUGAGCACAGUUGCCUGACAAACCUUCGAGCUUGGAUCCUCAAGCACGUCCGCAACACCAAAAGCCUAAACUCGCACAACCACGCUCAUCCUCCUCUAAGAAUACACCACAAUGGCAGCAAAGCAUCACCGCCAAAGAGCUUCAACAACUGUCUGUCCGGUUCAGCGUCAGAGAACACCCUCAGUCGUGUUCGCUGCAACAGCCACAGCAGCAGCAGCCAGACACCGUCCCCGAAGAUGCACAGCUCCCCGAGCUUUACUUUCGGCUGCCCCCCACCCAGAACACAGCACAACGGCAUGCACGCCAGUGGACGUGGAGGCAACAAGACACUCGGACCAGUCAGGGACCCUAAGCCUCAGGAGAAGAGACGCCCCCCCCACCACCGCUCCAUCCUACGGUCUCCCAGCAACAGCCACACUCCCUCCCGCCCCCCACUCUCACCCCCUUCCUCAUCCUCCUCCUCGUCUUCCUCAGUGUGUGCAGUGGGCUCCUGUCCCCUCCCGGCCUCCGUCAGUAUGACAGGCCUCAGCUGUCCAGACUUUCAAGCUGGUGGUUCCAGUUCAGCAAGCUGUUCCAGAAUGCCUUUCCCCAUGCGUGCUGGGCGUGUGGGGAGAGGCUGCCGAACUCUUACAAUCACUCAUCGCCACCCUGCAGAGGCCCGCACAGAGGCUGCUAAAGACUUGGGGUCUGAACACAUCCUUUCCUCCAUCAAAUUUAGCAAGUGUGAGCUGCAACCUCAUAUGAGCCGCAUCCCCAUCCGUCAGGUGGGGUCAACUGAAACCCUUCCUACACAUGACAGUAAAACGUCCCCUACAAGCAUUAACCCAGCCUCAUCCGGAGAUCAGGACGAGUUGGCCACCAUGAAGGUCUGGAAGCUGCUUAGACCUGGCCUCCAUCGACACCUGCCACUGUCAGGUGUACCAGGGAAAGAGACUCCCAUACAGUUGACCUCUAAAGCACUAAUGAAGAAGAGCACAGACAUGAGUCUCCAGUACGACAAAGGAAGCACUAUUAUAGAAACUGCACCAGAAACGGAUGAAACUCUGCAACAGGUUGAGGAAACUCCAGUGAUGCCUCUGCCUGAGACUGUGAACAUGUGUGAGACAGUCACCCUGUGUGGAGAAGCCUAGGAACCGCACUGAAAAAAAGGCACUUGUGUACAUGUGUAUUUACUUAAUAUGAGUGUAAAGUACCAUAUUGUGAUCGAAAAGAUUUAAAAACUAGCAAACAGGAGGAGACAUCGUGUCUACUUGGGAUACCUUAUUGUUCAAUGCAGUUCAAGUUAUUUAUUUAGAUUGUUCAUAGGAUGCAUGAUGUUUUCAGACACUGCUAUAGACCUACUGUUUGAGCUGUCCAGUACAACACUGAGCAUCUUUACUGGAGCAGAUGGGGGUCAAGUGCCUUGCUCAAUGAAACUGCAGCUGAGGUAAGGGAGAGGUACAAACUUUCCAAUCAAUUAAGAAUCCACAGACUUGAAAUAUGUUAACAUUUCAGCUAGCGUUACUGUUACUCACAUAAGUGUGUUUUUUUAGUUAAAUGCACACUAACACUGUAAUGCACUGAUAACUAGUUCCCCAGUCAGCCACAGCAGCAAAGGUCUGAUUUUCACACAGACCGACGAGCACGGCAGCACCUUUACAACCUCAUAUCCUUUCUGAGUUUAGACAAAUGCGUGAGUGUGAGUGUGUUUUAUGUAAUUUUGUCAGAAGUUCUUUGUGUUUUGUGAAUAGUGCCUAUAAAAGCUUAUGGCCCCGUUGGACUUUUUCAUUUUUGACACUGGUCAACAGCAGAUAAACUGAAAUGUCAAACUGUAAAAUAGUACAGUGUUAAGUGCAAAUUAUGAAACCAAACUGCACAAGUAUUCAAUUAUAACACACCUAAAUUAUCACUGGAGUAGCCAGUUGUUUUAGAAUUAUCAUAAUUCAGCUGUGUGAGAGCCAUCCGUCAUGUAAUAUUAGGAUAACUACUUACAAGUUAUAAAUUCAGCUACUAGUUAGAAAAAGGAUAAAUUGCUGAAAAGUACCA